CUAUCUGAGCUCAUCUUAUUCCUUUGAUCCAGGUAGAGAUCUUAAAACCCAAAGAAGAUGUCAAGACGCAGUAGCCGUUUGCAAGCCAAGCAGCAGCAGCCACUGUCCUGUCAAGAAGAGUCUCCACAAGAACUAAAAACACUAGACUAUCUCCAGACCAGAAAAAGGAGAACAGCAGAGCAGGAGAUUAAGAAAAGAGAAGAUGGAAAAAUUGCUAAAAAACAUCAAUAUGAGAUUAAGAGUUGUUGGCCGCCCACGAUAACUGGAGGCAUCUCGCCUUGCAUAAUUAUUGAAACACCUCACAAAGAAUCAGUGACCACUGACUUCUCAAGAUUCAAAAAGUACAGGUUCAGUAACCUCUUCAUAAAUCCGUCGCCUUUGCCUGAACUCAACUGGGGAAACUCCAAAGAUAUCUGGCUGAACAUCCUGAUGAAGGAGAACAGAUACGCUCACUGCAAACACUUCACGUCACUACAUUCCAGUUUGCAGCCUCACAUGAGAUCGAUACUGUUGGACUGGCUCUUGGAGGUGUGUGAGGUGUAUGCACUCCAUCGGGAAACCUUCUAUCUAGCUCAAGACUUUUUUGAUAGAUUCAUGUUGACACAAAAGAAUAUUAACAAGAGCAUGCUUCAGCUCAUAGGAAUUACCUCGUUAUUCAUUGCCUCCAAACUUGAGGAAAUCUAUGCUCCUAAAAUACAGGAAUUUGCUUAUGUCACUGAUGGUGCUUGCAGUGAAGAUGAUAUUGUAAGAAUGGAACUUAUUAUGUUAAAGGCUUUAAAAUGGGAACUCUGUCCAGUGACAAUUGUCUCCUGGCUGAACCUCUAUCUUCAAGUGGAUGCUCUGAAGGAUGUUCCAAAAGUGCUGCUACCUCAGUAUUCUCAGGAAAAAUUCAUUCAGAUAGCACAGCUUUUAGAUCUGUGUAUUCUGGAUGUGAAUUCUUUGGAUUUCCAGUACAGAACACUAGCUGCUGCAGCGCUCUGCCACUAUACCUCAAUUGAAAUAGUUAAGAAAGCUUCAGGCUUAGAUUGGGAGAACAUUUCAGAGUGUGUAGAAUGGAUGGUUCCUUUUGUGAACGUGGCAAAAAGAUUCCCUGUGAAGCUUAAGAACUUUAAGAAGGUUGCAGCAGAAGAUCGACAUAAUAUCCAGACACACACGAAUUACUUGGACAUGCUGGAAGAAGUGAACAGUGGAGUAGUGUCCACUGCCCCAGGUCAGUUAUCGCCCCUGUCAACAGGUGGAAUAAUAACUCCUCCCAAAAGCACAGAGAAGAAAUGAAAUAGUCAAACAUCAUUAACAGAUUCAGAAACAGGACUUGGUGCUUCAGAACAAGACCACACUAAAGGUGACUCAUGUUCUUUACUGCUAUUCAAGACUUUGGCAGUAAAAGACACAGCAGGAAAUUGAGACCAGCAUCAUCCUUGAGACUUGACAAAAAGAGUUCAGCUGAGCAUUCCACCCUGCUGUCACAGGAGCCCGGACCACCUUGGUCCAUUAUGACACAACUUAGUUUAAUUCUCACCAUUCCUAACUUAUUAAUUUCAAGAACUUUUUUAAUAGUGCCUAGUGGAAAAAUUGGUCCACUCAGCUUACAUGUCACACUUGCUUUAAUUUGGGCUAAAUGUGCAGGAGAACUUAUUGACAGCUUGUACCGAUUACCACUUCGUGACUUGUUCUUUUCCUUCUCUUGCUAAGGUCAGAGCUCACUGCCUGUCAGUUAGUCCCCCAGCUCAGGUGCAGUAUUACAGAGGCCUGUGGGUAAGCAGUUUAUGUCUGAAACCACUCUGCCGGUGCAGUACAGUGUAGCCAGCCUUGUAUCAAAUUCCAGCUCCACAGGAGGCUGAUAAAUUUCUGGCAGCCAUUUAAGCCUGCCAUAAACUUUGGUUUUAAUGUUAUCACUGACCUCAGGUAAGAGUAUCAGCAAAGGACCUGCUGCUGAAGUAACCAUAACUGGAAGUACAGUCCUGGAAGGAAGGAGUUCUCUCCUAUACGAGCCAGCCACCAACUUGCAAAAAGAACAUAAUGAGAACUGGAGAAGGUAUGGAAUAAAGUGAGCUGCAGGUACUCUACAACCACUCCCGUCAUAGGAACAGUAUUUUAAACUGUGGAGCUGUAAGUUAUCAGUGUUUUAUAAACAGCAUUAACUACUGUGUUUUUCUUGGAAUAUUCACUACCUCUGAGUCACUUCUGUGAUGAAGGGCAGUACUGGGAAAGAUGGGUAUCAGUCCUCCUCCCUCUUUCAUGAUGCUCUUACCUGUGCCUCAUGUCCAGGGACAAGUGUUACAUGACACUGAGCAGCCCCUGAAGCUGCACUAGAGCAUCAGGUGCCACCCACAUCCACAUUACACUCACACCAACUUGACAAACUUGAAUUCAUGUCUUCUUCAAACAAGCCAUUGUGGAACUAGCUGAAGUUGCUUCCAGCCUUCUGUACAGUUUGUAAAAAUAAGGGGUUUAUUAUAAGAUUUCAUCUAUUUCUAAGAAGAAAGAUACUAGGCUGUAAAUGUUGUAUAAAAAUUUAAAUGCGUUUUUAAAAAUAAUAAAGUCUUGAAAGAUUUUUUUUCACUUUUAUGUGUUUUAUAAUAAAUCUUCCAGCAUUUGCCUAGAAGUAAAGUUUUGCCAUUGCUUGAAGAAACUUCUUUUUCCUUCUCUGUGCAGCAAGCUGUAGGACUUCCUCUGGAUUACUGGCAUUCAGCUCUGUCUGGCCAAUGGCUUUUAUCUUGAAACAGAAGAGGAGAGACACCAUUAGCAAAAGGCCUUCCAGUAAAGCUGUUUCAUUUCAAGGCAUUUU